AACAUUUUCUCUUCUUUUUGAAAGUAAUAAUAUAGAAUGUUAUCAUGUUGGUUAGUACUACCGUUACAAAUUUGGAAUCGAGAGGAGACACACGUCCCGUGAUUACCUCUCGUCGUUGACAUGUCUGACAACGACUAAACCAAGAGCAACGAAACGGCACCGUUCCUUUACCGUUUAAGUGUUUUUAACCCAAUCCCACUCCCACUCCCACUCCCACACGACCCUCCCUCGGCGUGCUUCAGCCGAUUCCGGUCCUCACAAAUUCUAGAGAAUUUUUUUUUUUAAAACCCCACCUGAGAGUCCCAUUUCUUCUUUAUGUUGAUCCCUUUUGUGAAAUUUGACUUUUUUUGUAGGGAAGGAAAAAUAAGAAUUUUGACUGAGGAUUGACUUAUUUGACUGAUUGAUCGAUUGGUAGAUCAUCAUAAAUCGAAAGGUUUAAAAAGGGGGUGCUUGAAGUGAGAAGGUUGAUGGGAAAUUUAUGGUUGCUUUACUUAGAAUUAACCAAUUGAUAGUCUUUUAAAGUAACCGAGGUCCUUCUUCUUCAACCCAAGAUUGAAACUUGAAAGGUCUGCUUUAUCUAAUUCAGUUGUCAUUGUUGGUACCAUGGGUGUCUCAGGAAAAUGGAUCAAAGCAUUGGUUGGCUUGAAAAGAACAGACAAGUCACAAUCCUUGGAGAAGAAAGAAAAUAGGGCAGCUACUAGCAAAUUUCAUCACCGAAGGAAGCAUUCCAUUGAGUUUGACACAGAUAAACUUCAAGAAGAGUUGGAUCAGAAUGCUGCUUCACCAGCCAGAGAUGCUAAUACUCAUGCAAUUGCAGAUGCUGCUGGCUUCCCCUCUGGUUCACUUGAAGUGCGUGAUGUAGCUCUUAAUGAACUUGUAAUGGAAGAAUGGGCUGCCACAAGGAUACAAACAGCUUUCCGUGGGUUUCUGGCUAGAAGAGCACUCCGAGCCUUAAAAGGAUUGGUCAGACUGCAGGCCCUGGUGAGGGGUCAUGCUGUAAGAAAACAAGCUGCAAUGACCCUUCGCUGCAUGCAAGCUUUGGUGAGAGUUCAGGCUCGCGUAAGAGCAAGGCGUGUUCGACUGACAUUAGAAAGUGAAACUGCCCAACAGAAACUUCAGCAACAACUUGCAGAUGAGGCUCGCGUUAAAGAAAUAGAGGAAGGGUGGUGCGAUAGUAUAGGAUCUGUUGAAGAAAUCCAAGCCAAGUUACUAAAGAGGCAGGAGGCUGCAGCUAAACGUGAGAGAGCCAUGGCUUAUGCUCUGGCUCAUCAGUGGCAAGCAGGAUCAAGACAACAGUCUGUGCCUGCUGGAUUUGAAUCAGAUAAAAGCAGCUGGGGUUGGAACUGGCUGGAGAGAUGGAUGGCUGUACGUCCAUGGGAGAAUCGUUUUCUCGACAUUAAUCUUCGGGAUGGAGCAGUGGCCUGUGAGGAUGGUUCUGCAGAGGGGAAGAAUGGUGCCAAUUCUCAGAUAAAACCUGCUACCAAGAAGCCAGCUGCAUCAAAUCUUCAUGCUAACCUGUCAAAUCUAAAAGUAGGUCCAUCAUAUUCAGAAGGGAGUGAUUCUCCACCUGGUAAGUCAGCAAAUGUGGUAGAUGCGGUCAAUGCAUUAUCUUCCAAGCCAAAAUCCAAACCAAUCAUUGAAGAUUUGGGUGAAGAAGCUGGCUCAAAACCUGUUUUUACUUCAAGAUCUCGCAGCAAUCCUAAGGAGAGGUCCAUAAAAUCAGAUAAACUGGUGAAAAAGAGAUUGUCUCUACCUAACAGUGGUGAAGGAACCGGAUCUCAAACCAGCAAGCCAGGCAAAACUGCUGCAAAAGUGACACCGGGCUCUAACAAGCCAAUAAAGGACAGGUCCAAGUCCAACGGAUGUGGGGACUCAAAUCCUACAAAAAAUAUGGCACAGGCCGUUGAUCUGUAAGGAAGUAUUUGUGAUGACAAACCUGUUGGGGCUGCCAUCCACCCGGGUCUUGUUAUAGUGUGUAUAUACUAUAUUAUAUAUAUAUUGAAUUACAGCACGAGAUGUUAUGGCUUUAUUUUCUUGUCAUAAAAUUGCUCCAUCUCCGUGGUAGAGUUGAGAUUGGUUUGGCUUGGCUUGAUUUGUCAUGGGAAUAAGCCAAUAAGGUCAGUAGAUUUCAUGUGUUAAUGUUGUAAUCAGUUGUGAUUAAAUGUUACGGAAUGUUUAAGCCAUCCUUCUUAGAGGUUCACAAGUAAAAAGUUUAGUGAUUUUUUAUUUUCUAAAAUAUUAAUAAAAGUGACUGAUCUAAAAGAAAA